AUGGCCGGGAUCGGCAGUUCGAAAGGAUGUCAACAAUGCACCGCAGCCAUGCUGACAAAAGACCCAGCGUCUCCGCCAAAUGUGUUUGCUAUUACUAGUGAUGAGUGGGACGCUGGUGCUCAAGGGACAACGCAAGGAGCCGCCGGAACCUCAUCAGUUUCCGAUACCCUGACUUGCGCUGGGAAUGGGCAACAAUGGCUGGUUACACAUCAGGACGGCGGUCAAAGCGGUGUCAGCCGGGUCGAAUGUUCGGUGGAAGCG